GGCCCGUGUCACGUGACGGGGGAAAUAGGGAGGCUCUUGUGUUUACAUCAAUGCAUUCAACAGCGGCUGCUGCAGAGCGUCUACACCUCAAUGUUUUGCUUUCAUUUCUUUGAAAACGAGUACGAUCAUCGGUACACACGGUAGUUCCGGCCCCGUCCGAACAUAACGCUGCUGUGUGAUAAAGGGAGCGCGUUUGUCUGCUGCAGCUGUGAUCAGUUGUUGUAUUAGAUUACUGGCGUCAUGGACGAGCUCGCGGUGGAAGUGCGAGGAGCGAGUGGAGCUUUCUACAAGGCUUUUAUUAAAGAUGUUCAUGAGAGUACAGUCACAGUGUCUUUUGAGAACAAUUGGCAGCCAGAACGACAGAUUCCUUUCCAUGAUGUUCGGUUUCCACCUCCGACCGGCUUUCAGAAAGAGAUAAACGAGAGUGAUGAAGUGGAGGUUUACUCCAGGGCCAACGAUAAAGAGCCCUGUGGAUGGUGGCUAGCCAAAGUCCGCAUGGUGAAAGGAGAGUUUUAUGUGAUAGAAUACGCAGCCUGUGAUGCAACGCUAAAUGAAAUCGUCACAUUAGAGAGGCUACGACCUGUGAACCCCAACAAAGCCGCGUCAAAGAACACCUUUCUCAAAAUCAGACUAGAUGUUCCUGAAGAUUUAAGACAGAUGUGUGCGAAAGACUCUGCACAUAAAGAUUUCAAAAAAGCGAUCGGAGCGUUUAACGUCACUUAUGACUCGGAAGAAAAGCAGUUGGUUAUUUUGUCUGUUAAUGAGGUUACAGCAAAGCGAAUAGCCAUGUUGAGCGACAUGCACUUCAGGAGUCUGCGCACAAAGCUGGCGCUGAUACUGAGGAAUGAGGAAGCAACCCGACAGCUGGAGAGUUCUCGGCAACUGGCUUCAAGGUUCCAUGAGCAGUUUGUGGUGCGAGAUGACCUCAUGGGAUUGGCUAUAGGCACCCAUGGGGCGAAUAUCCAGCAGGCCAGAAAGAUUCCUGGGGUCACAACCAUAGAUCUCGAUGAGGAGACCUGCACGUUUCACAUCUAUGGAGAGGACCAGGAGGCUGUACGGAAGGCCAGAAGCUACCUGGAAUUUUCUGAAGAUGUUAUUAAAGUUCCUAGGAAUUUAGUCGGAAAAGUCAUUGGCAAGAGUGGGAAGCUGAUUCAAGAGGUUGUGGAUAAAUCGGGAGUUGUCAGAGUUCGAGUGGAACCGGAAAAUGACAAAAAGCCUUCUCCAUUAGAGGAGGGAAUGGUGCCAUUUGUGUUUGUGGGGACGAAGGAAAGCAUUUCAAAUGCACGAAUUCUGCUGGACUACCAUCUGAAUUAUCUAAAGGAGGUAGAUCAGCUGCGAAUGGAGCGACUGCAGAUUGAUGAACAGCUCAGACAGAUCGGUGGCGGGCCUAGAGCUCUGCCGGGACGACCUGAGAAAGAAAAACCUUUCAUGGCUGAUAAUGGAAUGGGACCCUCUCGGGGUGGCGGCAAACCCUUCGGUCGUGGAGGGAGAGGGAGACGGGGCCCGACACUGGCUUCAGGCACCAACUCCGAGGCCUCUAAUGCAUCUGAGACCGAAUCUGACCACAGAGAUGAGCUCAGUGACUGGUCCCUGGCCCCUACAGAUGAGGAGUCCAUGGGUUACCCCAAAAGGGCCCCUGAUGGACGCAAAAGGGGUGGAGGGCCCCGGGGUCGUGGAGGGAGAGGAAGAGGAGGAUACAAAACUGAAGACAUGCACUGGAAUGAGUCCCGCUCCCGUAGUUCCAGAGACUCAAAGCUGAGACCCCAGGAAGACUCACUGCAGAUCCGCAUCGACAGCAAUAACGAGAGGAGCGUCCACACCAGCCGAGGCCCACAAGCUCUGGCAGGAGACAGCGGAGGGAACCGGCAGAGACCCAUAAAGGACAGAGGCGUGAAGAAAGACAAGCAAGACGGCCCAGACAGCCAAGCCGUUGUGAACGGCGUUUCGUAGAGAAUAACAUGCCCCGUUUCCCCCAUUCUCCCACUCAGCUCCACCAAUCCAGAUGCUUCUUCAUUAGAGACACAUUAGGCCAAAGAGAACCAGGUCAGUAGGGCUGUCGCAAGACAUGACAUAAAGCACACUUUGUAAUUGUUAGUUGGGGUAAAAGACGAGGUCUCUUGGUGUAUGGUGUGUGGAAUUUGGUAGCCUUCACGGAUUAGAGAGACCGGUCUCUAAAUCACAACUGAAGCUACAUGUUUUCUAAUUGACUUUCUAAAUAACUACCUAUGAAACAACAUAAAGAAGCUGUGGAUUAAAUGUCUCUCAAAAACGGGAAUCCUGAAAUGUUUUCCAAGCAAUUGGUUUUUAAAAUGUUUUUUUUGAUUGUCCACAAUGUCUAAACAAAAGGGAAAGAAACACAUUGGAGGAUGAACUCAAGCGCUCGGGGCCCAAGCCUAUGCCACAUCUCACGGCAUACGUUGUUUUUACGCGCUUCGGUGUCUCAUGGUUACUCGAGCCCAUUCUGAUGUGAGAUCUUAGCCACAUCGUUAGCAAAAAAAUGAAAAUGACAAAAAAAAAGGCAAAUGUACAAAAAACAAACAAAGAAAAAAAAAAAAAAAAGCUCCUGUCUGGAUCUGUGCCUUUAACUAGUGUGGAUAGUAUCAUAAUUUGGAUGUUUAAAUCAGGGAAGAAGACGUGAACAACCUGUCUGAGCAACGUGUGUUGCAAUCUCAGCCGACGAUUAAAAAUAAAAGGUGUUUUUUCUUUUUUUUUCUUCUUUUUUUUUUUUCUCUGUGCUGCAUGUAUUUCACCAACAUUUUGUAUGUCUGAAAAGCAGGAUUCUAUCGAGUCGGCCGAAUUCUGAUAUUUUGCCAUAGCUGAUUUGUGUGUAGUAAAGGUAUUAACCUAACUAAACUAGUCAACUGUGGAAGUCAUAAAUUGUAACCAACCACCCAGAGACAAAUAUCAAUGCUAAUGAAGUGACGUCAACAUCACCGAUUUAUGAAUUUUGACGUUUAGCAUAUCUUUGCAUUAUAGGAUAAUUCUGAUUUCUUUUUAUGAUAGAGGUAGCAAAGCAGUUUCCUUUAAAUAAAUGUCUUUGGUUUUUCAUUUUCCUCCGAUCAUGAUAGAUGACACCACUCGUUCAGACCCAUUUUUUUUCCCUCACAAACAGGGUCGAAAUGCUUUUUUUUGGUUUUAAUUUCAGUUCAUGCUGGCCACAGUAAACUGCCAUCUUUCCUGCUGUAUUUUUCAGCAUCAGGUGUGAAGCACUUAAUAUCAGAUCUCUGUAACAUUGUCUUUGUCCUAACAAAUGGCUCAUCAUAGACUGAAAAUGUUGAACUGUGGGGUUGCAUACUGUAUAUUACGUCAUCCGUUAAGAGAUUGUUGCUGUUCUUUUUAGAUUGAACUUUAAAUGUGCACUUAUCAUGUUUGUGUUACUCUGCAAGUACUUUAUAAUCUAUAAACCUAUAAUAAACUAGAAUGUGAUAAGACUUCCUCAGCAGGUGAAUCACAUGUAUGCUGUCAACAUAACUAAACUGAAGUUUAGAUAUCUUCGCUAAUUGAGUCUACUGUACUUUUGCAGCUGAAUUCGCUUUGAGAGGGUCGAGAAGGGGGAACACGAUGUUAACUUUGAUAUGAAAACCGUCUGUCUUAUCCGACUAGUGCUUGUGCAUUAAACUUUAGUUUACAUUUUCGAGAAGACGCGAUGCUGUUCUGAACCCACGAUUCUUUCCAAACCUACUGUGACGAUAACCAUGGUAGUUUUUUUCUGCUUUCCUUCGACUGUACAGCGAGAUGACCGUUCGCUUCGAGUCGGUCGUAUCCUCUUUGCUCUUUUUCUCUACGUUUCUAGUUCUCUUUGCGCUCCUGUACUCUCGCUAGUCACCUUGGCGAAUAACCAGCUCUACCUGUUAAGCUUACACGCCAGUUUCAAAGUGAUUUGCCUGUGAAAACGAAAGCUGAAAAGAACCUGUGACUGGCAGAGGAGUUGCAGCUCUGUGGGAAAGACAAACCACUCUCUCGACGGAGGCGGCCCCGGACACGUCCGGCCCCUCUUGUGUGGCUCUUAAAAAAAAAAAUUUAGCCUUUACUUCGAAAUGAGGUGUUCAAUGGUUUACUCUCAGUAUUUUUAAAACCUGCACGUCCACGGCGGGCAGUAAAACUGGCGCAGUUCACCGCAGUCUGUUCGAAAUAAGAAGAAGAAGAGGAAAAAAAAAAAAAAAACAUGCUCCGAAUCUUUGAAGUGUUGCCAAACAGACUGUUUUCUAGUUAUUUAUUUUUUGGGAAUGUAUAUUGAAAUGACAAAUUGUAAAACCAUCUCUUGCACACAUCGUAGGCUAUCGUGAUCGAAAAAGAGCUGAAAAAAAAAUCCUUAAAACAUGAAAUACUGUAGAUACUGAACUGAGGUAGACUGACCUUGUAUGUUACUGCACUUUGGGUAAUAAUUUCUUUGUACAUAAUAGCAGAACAGACUGGGUUUUAUGUUGACAUUGUUUGGUUAUAGUGCAAUAUAUUUUGUAUGCAAGCAGUUUCAAUAAAUAAAGGUUGAUCUUCCUCUGCAA